AUGAACGAUUUAGAUUUGAUAAGAACAAAAAUCUUUUUAAAAUAAUUCAUUCAUCAGAAUAAACCUUAAAAAAUGAAAUUUGUGAUACAAAUUUAGAAACCAUUAGAAAAUUUGGAUAUAUAAGUAGAAGAAAUGUUUAAAAAAAUGAUGAAAAAAAUAACUGACGGUUUUUUUUAUGAAAAGGAUGUUUUGUUUGUAUUGGAUCUUGAAGAAAGUUAAAAAAUUUUUUAAAUUUCAUAAACAAUUGAUGAUGAAUACAAAAUUGAAGAAAUAAAUUAAUCUAUAAUAAACAAUUUUGAUUAAAAUUAGAAUUAUUUUGGUUAUGAAAAGAACAAUUUUGAGUCAAUUGGUUAAGAUUGUAAGGAUUUUAUAAAAGAUUAGAUAGAUAAAUUUCUAUAAGAAUUUCAAGAUUAAUUUGUGAAUUUAUAGCGAGAGAUUGAUAAUUUAAUUUUGGAAUUACCCACACCAACAAAUAUGAAAACUAGCUUAUCUAAAGACUAUGAUAGAGCUUAAUUUGAAAAUAAUUUGAAAAAUUUAAUUGAAAAAUUAAAUUAACUUACCAAGUAGUCCAAAGAACCUUAUUUGUUAAAUUAAGAAAUUAACAAAUUAAUUUAGAGAUACAAAAUUCUUUUUACAACUUCUUUAAGGGAAAUCAAACAGACUGAAUAAAAAUCUAAGAAAAAUUAAUUUUAGAGUGAAACUUUAACUUAUGAUUUAGAUUUUAAUGAAUAUGAUAAAGAAAUUCUUGAAUAUUAUGUAGAAUACUAUCCUUAUCAUGAAGACUUUAAUCAAUAAAUAAAAAUGUUUUAAAAUAAAUUUCAAUAAUAAUUAAUUUCAUUUGACGAUCGAUUGCCACAAAGUUUAAAAUAUCUAGAACAACUAAAAAUAAAAUCUUAAAAAGAAAUGAAACCAGAUCAAACAAUCAUAUGUUUAUUGGGUUAAACAAAAGUAGGAAAAAGUACCCUACUUAAUUUUAUUUUAGACCCAAACAAUAUUAAAAUUGUUUAAACCACUUAAAAGACAUUAGUUUUUGAAGCAAAAUAACCACAUGAUUAAAUAAUAAUAUCUCAUGAAUGUAACACACAAACUUUUUCUAUAUCUGAAAUUGAAAUAGAAAAUUUUAUAUUUAUUGAUACUCCUGGGUUUGGAGAUACUAAUCAAGAAAGAAGAUUAAUAAAUUAAAUUAAUAUCUUUUAAACAUUAAAGGCUUCAAAAGAAUUUAUUUUACUUAUUUUAUUUGAUGUUUAAGAAAUGCUGAAAAAUAAGAAUAGUCUACUAGAAACAAUAAAUUAGAUUUCUUUAAAUUUUGGGGAUACAUUAUUAGAAUUAGGUUCAAAAUUAGAAUCAAUUAUUCUUCCAGCAUUUACUAAGUGUAAAAAGGUACAAUGAAUAUAAUAAAGGAAAAGUGGGAAAAAGAAUUUUUGAAAAACACAACUCAUUAAUAACUUAAUUUUUUAAAUAUUUUAAGGGAUAAAAUUGAUUCUAAUAAUUAUAUAAGGAUAUAUGAUGCAUCAUAUUAUUAAUAUGGAAAUCAAUUGUAAGAAUGUUAAUUAGAUGAAAUAAAAUCAGAAUUAAUUAAUAAGAUGAAUAAUUUGAUAAUGGAAUAGAGAUUUUCAGAGGUAGCAGAAGUUGGAAUUAAAAUUUAGAAUAUCGAUAAACAACUAGAAUAAAAAAAUAUGGAAGUUUAAGAAAAUGAAUAAAAUAUUAAUAUUCAAUUAGUUAAAUAACUUCACUCAUAAAUUCUAAAUUAAUGUAAAUUAGCUAGAGAAACUUAAAAGAAUUCCACAAUUACAAUUCCUUUAGUUUUAAAGCUAUCUUUAGAAAUGGAAAAACAUUUCAAAAAAAUAUUAAAUUAUCUAAAUGAAUUUCAUUAAUACAUAAUUGAUGAUUUAACUAAUAACUUCGUCUACCAUAUGUUACAUAAUGAAGAAAGUAGUUUAAAGAAUGUUAUAAUCAUGCUUGAGGGAUCAUAAUCAAUUUAUAAUUGA